GGAAUAAUGGAUCCCAACUAACGGAAAUCAAAAACCUAUGCCACAUUCGCAACGUGGCAGAGAGCAGAGUGCCUACCGACACCUAUUUAUGUGGUGGCGAAAAUGGCAUUAGAAGCAGCUAACACUUUACACCACCAAGGCUAGCUAGAGAGCAGGAAGAAGCAGCAGCUGCUAAGAUGGCAAGCAUGACCCUCACCGGCUCCCUUCCAAAGUUCCUCCACGUCAGCCCGGCCAUGGUUCGACGAAACCCGUCGUCGAGGGUCCUCGUCACUGCUGCUCCAAGACCUCCUCAGGGAGGCGCGGCAGGUGACGCUCAGAAAUCCGUCGGUGAGGCGGCCAGAGAGGUGGCAGGAGAGGCGAAGAAGUCUGCUGACGAGACGCGGGGGAUGGCGAGUGCGGCUGCCGCUCAGGUGGCUGACACGACCCAAGAUCUAAGUCAUAAGGCACAACAGUUGGCCCAAGAUGCAUGGGGGUCCGCCAAAGAAACUGCCCAGAAAGUAAAGGACGCAGUGGUUGGCAAGGCUGAAGACACAAAGGAGAGCAUCAAAGACGAUGCCGAGGCUGUCAAACGUGCGAUGAACACUAAGAACAACCGCUAAUUUCCACCUCCUUAUCAACAUUUCCGUCUCAUAUAUUGCUUGAGUCCUUGCAAUUUGUUUUGUUCGUUUGCGUUUUUAACGUCGCUAUAAUUACUACGUCUCCUUCGAUGGGACUAGCAUAUGUAAAUAAAGAUGCAUGCAUCUAUAUAUCAAUCUCAAUCUUAAGGAGGUAUAUCCACCUUAAUUAUUGAGUUUUUUUUCCGCCCUUGUCAACUAAAAUAUAGUGAGUUGCAAUGAGAUGUAUGUGUUCAAAACUUCACAGGAAAGAAGCCUUAAAGGCAAAG